CCCUUUGCAACUCAAGACAAAAAAAACUGAGGAAGCCAGGAAAGAGGAAGGUCUUCAAGCCAGGAGCCCAUCAGCCCGCCUUGGGCACCAUGGAGCUCAUCAAUGCCUUGGUCCCCUCGGCUUUGCUGAAGUCGGUCUCCAACGCAGGCUCAGAAAUCUCCCGGCGGGUCUGGACGCCAGGCCCUCGACCCCAACGGCCCUUCCGAGUGUGCGAUCACAAACGCAACGUCCGCAAAGGCUUAAUGGCAGGCACGUUGGAAGAGUUACUCUGCAAGGCGAGAGAGACCCUCUUCCUUUCCAGCGUUGUUUCCUUGAUGCUGGAAGAAGACGGCACCCUGGUUGAGACGGAGGAAUUCUUCCAAGUCCUGGGUGACAACACUGCCUUGAUGGUGCUAGAGAAAGGGCAGAAAUGGAGUCCCAGCAAGAACACCAGCUGGUCGUACGCCCUGAGCCGCGACAAGCCUCGAAACAGCCGGGAUAUCGCCCGCAUCACGUUCGACAUUUACAAGCUCAACCCGUGGGACCUUUUCGGCAGCCUGAACAUCUCGGCCACCUUCUAUGGGCUCUACUCAAUGAGCUGCGACUUCAAAUGCCUGGGACCCAAGAAGGUCUUGCGGGAGAUCCUGCGGGUGGCCUCCGCCGUCAUGCAAGGCUUCGGGCACCUUCUCUUGGGGGCCUCCCACUACAUCCGCCGGCUCCUGGAAGGGGGCGACAGCUGGCACUCACAAGUCAAGAUAACCAACUGUCACGAUUGAUGCCUCCUUCCCUGAAAAUGCUGGAGAACCUUCCUGCUUCAAACUAGUCCUAGUCCCGCUUGAUUUGGGACUCAGAUUUAAAGGGUAUUUAAACAGAGAAUAGAGAUCCUGA